UCUUGGCAGUCCCGCACGCGAAAAAGAGUUGGCAGGUCGCUCAGCUUGUACCACCAAAAUUGCUUUUAGUCCUCCGAAAUUCGCACGUAAAACGCAGUUAACCGAUAAUCCCCGAUAAUUGCACCUACUGAUUAGCCCCCAAGGAAAAGGAUAAAGGAAUUAAAAACGCCAAAGAAGCUGACGCUGUCGGAGGAGGUGAAAAUGACAUACCUGUGAAUUGUGACCAGUGGGGGUGUCUCUCCUACUCUACGCUCCGCACUCCACCUCUCGCUCUCUCCACUCGCCUCACCCCUCUCGUUCGCUCUUUCGUUGGAAGGAGGGGGAUGGACGGUUGAUGUUACGAGUAGCGUAGCUCGGUGAAUCACAUUUCACAUACGGAGAAGCCAUCGGAGAACAGAAACCACAAUGUACCAGAGCGCCUGCCAGGCGGCCACCACGGGCUCCUGUGUCCCGGGCGCCAGCCAGCAACCGGACAACGAGCGGCAAUCGGCGCUAAUUGCCCAGCAGCCGCCCACCGCUCCCGUCGAGCCGGAUUACAGUGGCUUCGACAUUGUGAAGGCCACCCAGUACGGAGCCAUUGCCCGUGUCAGAGAGUUGGUGGAAUCCGGCUGGGAUGUCAAUCAGCCCGACAGCGAAACCGUGACCCUGCUUCAUUGGGCAGCCAUCAAUAAUCGGCGGGACAUAAUCCGCUACUUCCUGGAGAAGGGCGCUACUGUGGACGCCGUGGGCGGAGAGCUGAAUGCCACGCCCCUCCACUGGGCUACCCGACAGGGGCACCUCGGUGCUGUUGUCCUGCUCAUGGCCGCUGGAGCCGACCCGAGGAUCCGGGAUGCGGAGGGCUGCUCGUGCAUACACAUCGCCGCCCAGUUCGCCCACACCGCCUUAGUGGCCUACUUCAUAGCCAAGGGUGUGGACCCAGACCUGCAGGAUCGGGGCGGAAUGACGGCUCUUAUGUGGGCAGCAUGGAAGGUCUGUGCACUGGAUCCAGUGCGCUUGUUGUUAACUCUUGGAGCCAAUCCCGCUAUGGUAGAUUAUACACAUGGAAACACGGCCUUGCACUGGGCGAUCUUGGCGCGAAACGCCACGGCCAUCUCUACCCUCGUGCUCAAGUCGAAGGCCUCGUUGGACGUACCCAAUCUCAGGGGAGAGACGCCACUCACAAUGCUGGAGUCGCAGACGGGUGCCAUCUGGAUAGGAGCUAAGGUCAUGGACAGGGUGAAGGAGGCGGCGCUCACUUCGCAGCAGCGCAGAUCACUGGUCUCCAAGCUGCGCCACGACAAGCGUCUGAGGUGGUGGUCCAUGGUGGCGUGCCCCUUCACAGCCUUCUACCUGGCGGGAAUCGUCUUCACCGUCAACACCCUGUACAUCAUCAAGUUUUUCCUGCUCGGCUGCCUCUAUGCCAUUUUCCACACAAUCGGUAAGGCGCUGUUCGAUGAGCACCUGAUGGCCCUCUUGCCGCUCAGCGUUUACCUGGCCACCAAGGCCUGGUUCUACAUCACCUGGCUGAUGUUCAUCGACGAUGCUGUCUCGUUCACGGCCACCAUCUGCUUCCUGAUCUCAUCACUGGCCCUGUGGGUGUGCUUCCUCAAGUCGUGGAAGGGGGAUCCGGGUAUCAUUCGACCUACCAGGGAGCAGAGAUUCAAGACCAUCAUUGAGCUGUCGGAGCGCGGUGGGAUCGGCUUCGAGCCCGCCUCCUUCUGCUCUGGGUGCCUGGUGCGAAGACCCAUCCGGUCCAAGCACUGUUCCGUGUGCGAUCGGUGCGUGGCGCGGUUCGAUCACCACUGUCCCUGGGUGGGAAACUGCAUCGGGCUGAAAAACCACAGCUACUUCAUGGGAUUCCUUUGGAUGCUGUUGAUCAUGUGUGCCUGGAUGCUGUACGGUGGCUCAAAGUUCUAUGUUAACCAGUGCAAUGUUCGGUUCGAUGAUUUUCUUGGUGCCAUGCGGGCCAUUGGCAACUGCAACGCCUGGGUGGGCUGGGUGAUGGGCAACGCCCUGCUGCACAUGUCCUGGGUGAUCCUGCUGACGAUUUGCCAGACGUACCAGGUGAUCUGCCUGGGAAUGACCACCAACGAGCGGAUGAAUCGUGGGCGCUAUCGCCACUUCCAGGCCAAAGGCGGCCACAGCCCGUUCACCCGCGGCCCCUUCCAGAACCUGGUGGACUUCCUCGAGUGCAGCUGCUUCGGACUGGUGCAGCCGAAGCGGGUGGAUUGGAUGAACUACUACGACUACGACGCCCAGACGCACCAGACCAUCGAGAAGGAGCCGCUGCUGAGUGUCGACUGCCCGGACGGAAUGGGUGGAGACCAUCAGUACGUGUAGGACAAGUCCUAUCGGGAUGCGAAGACGCUUCAGAUGCCCAUCGCGCAUGUUUAACAACCGACACCAGCCGCUUUACAGCUUCUUCUUCCCAACUCAACCCCGAAGUAAUCCCCCCAAGCCCGUAUGAUUUCCACCAAAUAUUAUGAUUCGCAUCAGCUUGCCCAGGCAGAGGAUGGAGCGCGAGCACCAAGACAGAAGACAGAAGCGUCAUUGCUGACCGAUAUCGGAUGGACAGACAGACGAGUUGGGAGCCACCUCAUACGUACAUAUUAUUGAAUGUAUUACUGUAAUUAAUCUGUACAUUUCUGCGUAUUUCUUACACCUUGAUCAUAAGCCGAAAGUACACACAACAAACACUUCUUUGUCCUCUAAGUAUUUGUAUACCAAAAAAAUAACGAAAC